CAUCGUAUUUUUGACGGGCGCAAACACCUGACUCGCUCGCCCUUUGCUGCUUUGCCUCUUCUUCUUCGAUCCAGUUAUCUUCGCCGACAAACGAAGAGAACUAGAGGCGGGAGACGGAAUGGCGGUACCUCAGCAGACUUCCCAGCGAGCCGAGUACGAGCGGCUGUGUAAGGAGGCGGUGAAAGAGUUUCGCUGGAGGUUCGACAAUCAGAGCCCGACCGUCGGCGUGUACGCCCCUGGUCGAGUCAAUCUCAUUGGAGAACAUACCGACUACAAUGGAGGGUUCGUGCUGCCUAUGGCCCUCCACCUAGUGACGGUGAUUCUGGGCCGGCCGUCGCCCAGUGGAUCCAGGAACUGUCGUCUCAUCACAGCGGCCUCCACGGGAGAGACGGGCUACCACGAGUUCCCCGUCCCCCAGUUCCCGAAGGACGAGCCCUGGGAGGUGGAGACGGAAGGACCGUUCUGGGCCACCUACCUGAAGGGAGUCGUGGCUCUCAUGAAUCGCUCGGGGAGCAUCCCUCCGUUCGACGCCAUCAUCGCCACCUCUGUCCCCCUCGGUGGAGGACUCUCAAGCUCCGCAGCUCUCGAAGCAGCGACCUGUAGAUUCAUCGAGAGCGAGCGGAGCACCGAUAUGCCCCGUGUGAGGUGUGGGAUCAUGGACCAGUUUGUCUCGCUCAUGGGCAGCGAGAAAAACGCACUUUUCAUCGACUGUCGGAGCCACGAGGUGCAGCAGGUUCCGAUGAAGGAGCCAGAGCUGGUGGUACUGAUCGCCAACUCCAACUAUCGCCACAGUCUCGGGGAGGGCGUGGACAAAGAGUACGAGAAGAGACGGCAGACGUGCGAGGCAGUGGCCAAGAAACUGGGGAGAGAUAUGCUGAGGGAUUUAACUCUGGAGGAUCUUGAAGGUCACUGGGAAGGGUGUUCUGGAGCCAGUGGAGUACUCCCGAGCAGACACGUGGUGACAGAGAUCCAGAGAACCUCAGACGCUGUCCGCGCACUCACUGACGGAGACUACCUCAAGUUUGGACAACUCAUGACCGCCAGCCACAAGUCACUCAGGGACGACUACGAGGUGUCGUGUGGUGAACUGGACAAACUGGUUAAUCUGGCUCUGGACGGGGAGGGGGUCCUGGGUUCUCGUAUGACGGGUGGUGGUUUCGGAGGUUGCACUGUAACUCUCCUUAAGAGAUCUGCCAUGCAGUCUACCAUCGCACGCAUACAGGAGUCUUAUGAGUCGCGAAACGGAGAGAAGGCGACGUUCUACAUCGCCACGCCGUGCGGAGGUGCCGGGGACAUACCACAGAAACUGGUCGUAGGGAAGAAAGGGAGAGGUGUAACAGUGGAUAUUGGCAAAAAGAAGAAGGAGAUGAAUGAAGUAGACUAUAUUCCAGAGGGAAUCGAUUCAAAGACAAUGAUCAGAAUUGGAAAUGAAGAGCCGUUUGAGUGCAAAGCAGAAGAUCUGAUUGAGGAGAAGGAGCUUGGGAGAGGGGCUUACGGCAGUGUGUACCAGAUGAGGCACAGCAAGACUGACACCAUCAUGGCUGUGAAGCGUAUCAGGGCCACCAUUGACUCUAAUGAACGACGUCGUCUUCUCAUGGAUCUCCGUGUCUCCAUGCGCUGUCUUGAUUGUCCGUACACUGUCACUUUCUUCGGAGCUCUGUUCAAAGACGGUGAUGUGUGGAUAUGUAUGGAGCUGAUGGACAUGAGUCUUCACGACCUUUACAAACUAGUGUACGAGAAACUACACCUCACUAUACCGGAAUGGGGUCGUUGGGAAAAUGGCCGAAGCUAUGUGAAGCCGUCCAACAUCCUGAUAAACCGGGCCGGCCAGGUGAAGCUGUGUGACUUUGGCAUCGCUGGCGAGCUGGUCAACUCCUUCUGCCAGACUGACAUCGGCUGUAAACCUUAUCUCGCUCCGGAGAGGAUCAAUCCUAUGGUGCUGGGAGCCAAGUAUGACCAGAGAUCUGAUGUAUGGAGCUAUGGCAUCACCCUGUAUGAGCUGGCAGUAGGCCAAUUCCCAUACCCAGUCUGGAAGAACAUGUUCGAGCAGCUCAAGUCAGUGGUUGAUGGAGAGGCUCCCCGCGUCCCGGCCAACUUGUCUCUUUCACCCGAGUUCACUGACUACCUCCACUUAUGCCUCACCAAGGACGUCGAGACUCGUCCGGGGUUCCAAGAACUCUUGAACCACGCCUUCAUUCGGAUGAUGGAGGAAGAGGUCAGGGAGGUCAAGACGUGGUAUGCCGAUAUCGUCGCCAGGAACAAGCAGCUGCCUGACCUUUGAACCUUUAGCACCAUGAUGCUCUGUUCUGACUUCCUUUUUUCCAUUAUUAUUACCCAUCUGAAGAUGAACCAUAUACAAUUAUAGAAGUGUGUAUUUAUCAUUUUCCCUUUAAUUUGUGUCUUGUAUAAAUUAAUGAGUUUUAAUUCUCUGGAGUACGGAGUAGAAUGGAAUUGGAGUCAAUUACUCCAGCACCAUCGCUGGGGUAACACACCACAAAAGUAGCCUUCUUCCCAUGUCUGGACCUGUAGUUUUCCUAGAUGGUGGUUUUGACUGUCUCAACAGCGUCGCGGUGAAGGAGUGUCACAAUACAACCCCCGAACCCUCCUCCACUGAGAUGAGACCCGUACACCGUCUGGCCCUCGUGGCCCCUCAGAGUCAGCUCCACUAUCUCGUCCAACUCCUCCACUGUCACCUCAUAGUUGUCUCUGAGGGAGUAGUGGCUGAGGGUCAUGAGCUGUCCAAAUUCCCGAUACUUGCCCUGUUUCAGGAUUGUCCUGGACCGGAUUGAGCGGUCGAUUUCGCUCACUGCAUGCGUGGCUCUCUUGUACGCCACUUCACUCAGCUGGUCCCUCGAGGCUUCCAGUCCCGUCUGAUUCAGAUCCCUGAGCCACUUGAUCCCCAGUGUACUGCUGAUGUUCUCGCACGUCCUCCUGCGACUGGAGUAGUCUCUGUCUCCCUCCGUCGAGGUCUCCGAGAGGUCGUGGCGAUACUCAGAGUUGAUGAUGAGGAGAGCGAGGUUUGGGUCUGUCAGUGGGAGAUGCUCCACCUCUUGGGUACUGCAGUCGAUGUAUAGAGCGUGACUUUCUUUAGCCAUCAUUGACACAAACUGAUCCAUGAGACCACACGGCACGUUGGCAUAGCGAUGCUCCGCCUCCUGGCAAAGAAGGGCGGCCUGUUUCAAAUCGGGACGGCCCGUUUGUGGACACAACUGCUCCAGAAACUUGUAGGUUGCAACUUCGAGAGCAGCUGAGCUGGACAGGCCACCGCCGAGCGGAACAGAGGAGACAAUUACGGCCUCAAAUCCAGGGACAUCCCCAUUCUUGUUCAUCAGAGCAACGACCCCCUUCAAAUAUUUGGCCCACUGGGGGCCACCGAUAUCGACACUGUGAGAUUCCUUGGACGGGUGGGUGGGAACGGGGAAGGUGUGGUCUGCAUCCUCGUCUGAAAUCUGAUUGGUCCGAGCCAGUGUGACAACUCUGCAGUCGCCAUUCGGGGAGCGGCGACCAACUAUCACUGUUACCAGUUGCAGGGCCACAGGUAUGACAGGUCCACCGCUGUAAUCAAUCGAACCGCCCAUGAGGUUGACCCGACCUGGAGCAUAGGCGCCGAGCUCGGGACGCCCAAACACCCUCCGAAACUCUUUCACUGCCUUUGCACACUCUCUCUCCACCUCUUCCCGCUGUCUGCUGCUCCCUCCGGCGGGCAUCUUACCGUCUACAUCUUUCCGGACGACAGGUUCGGACAUUCGCGUU